UUCUAUAACAUCAUUAAAUCUUUAAAUUGGUUUUGUAUUAAUGAAUACGGACUUCAAACCGUAGAUGAGGAAAUGUCAGUUACUUGCUCUAACUGCACACCAACGUGCAUGGACUGCAUACAAAAUAUAUAGGAAUUGAUAAAGCACAUUAAUAUAAAUCGGUACAAAAGACAAAAGCACUGUAAGACUGAAAAGCACUGUAAAUUCACUGUCGUGUCCACGUCCCUAUUACAUUUUAUUUCUAAUCUGUAUUCUAACAGGGAGCUGUAGAUAUUUAAAUGUCUUUCCGUCAAAUUGCAAUAUGAUCUGCAUCUCGCAGUCUCUUAUUAGUGUGGUUAACUUCUUUGGGUAACUUUGUCCUUUUAGAUUCGCUUUGGGGGCUUCAGUUUUUAAAUUAAGACAUUGCGCACUGGUUAUGAACUAGGCUACAUUUUAUAUCUUUUGUCAUCUCCUUAGGAUGUUAGUAAAUAGAGGAAGAUACUGUAAUUGCAUUUGGCAUGUCCUCUGCACAUUGUACCACAUGCGUAAGAUAGCGCCCUGCACCAGCGCCAAAGUAAUUUACUUUUUCAGGAACAGGUUUUAUAUCUCAGUAGGCUGAUGAAUAGAGUAUAGCUGUUUUAACUGUAAGGCAGACAUAACUGGAACAUUAGAUGUAUAUGGCAGGAAAUCUGUUAAUAGGAAUAGAUGUAGGCCACGUCUCUAGAAAAGCGCAUUUUUAUGAGUUUGUUUUAAACGCUUUUCGUAUUUUGUGUAACUGGACCAUAAACCCCACUUGAAUCGUGGUUGUUGAUCGGCCAUUUAGCAAUUGGAAACUAAUAUUCCACCCAUGCGCGGUUUCUGUACAAAAACCGAAAGCAUGAUAAUUUCACAAUUAAUUCAACUUGCGUAAUCAAGUCGUUCAGUAAGAUUUUGUUGUUUGUUUGUCUUCGGUUUCUCGGCUAUGUGAUUUCUCAGUAGAAUCAUUUUGCGGUUCAGGGUCGUAUUGUGCACAAGGACUAAGGGUCGUGGUGACAGCGCUCUGGGAACAGCUGUGGGGAAUCGUGCAUUACACUUUUUACAGCUUUGACCCAGCUCACUUUUAUUCCGUCUCGCUUCACUUUUUAAGUGCUAUUAUCCACGAAAAUCAGAUCAGUUCGGUUAUACAGAUCUUUUUUGAACACUGCAUUGAAGUGAUAAAUUUAUCUCCAAAAGUGGAACAAUAAAUCAAUACACAAUAUAGUCAAACAGAAUUGCGUCAGAUUCUUUUUUUGAAAUGUACAGCCGGUUUUCUAGUAAUAGGGGUUGAUAACUUUGGUCAGCUGGCUGGCUUGAGAUUUUCGGUUCGAGACUGCACACACAUGCAUUUAUUACAUUAUAAAUAGUAUGUAGGGUUUGCAAACUACCCCAACGCUUUCAUGUAGCUGAUUUUAGUUUUAUAAUGGAAUAAUAUAGAUUUGCAAGAUUUCUUGCGUGAGUAUGAAUCUGAAAGCAUGACUGUCACGCCAGAUGUGUGAGAGUUGGCAACCCUGAGUAAUUUUGCCCCACUCCCAACCCGUUUGGAAACAUGUAUAUUGCUUCAUCAGUAUUCAGCGAGUCCUGUAGCGUUGUCUUCGUAGUUGGGUAUAUUGUUAUACUCGCAUACACGUACUACUCUGACUGAUACGCAUUUCUGACAAUUUCUAGAUGGGUAUACUGCAAAUCCAUGUCUAAAGGUGGGUACGGCCACUACUACACCACCGAUUCAUCAGUGCUAAGAUGAUUCAUACCAGGGUCCUAUUUAUUUUUGAGUGCGCUUUCACUUCCCCCCCGGGAGACUUUGGACCAAUCAGAAGCGCUUCCCGCGUGUGGAGGCGCUGCAAGUGACUUCUGCUUCUCCUUUCUCCUCUAAAUGUCCCCGACAGCCCUACCCUCUUUUAAAAGUGUCACUGCGUGUUAAUCGCAUCAUUUUAACGCUUUCAAAUGAGCUAAAAAAGUACUUCAGAUUGUAAAAGAUUGCAUACAAACAGUAUGCAAUCUAGUCAUUAGUAUGUGUCAUUAUUUAUUACAAAACUGUAGCUGCAUGUUUCACAAUUGGGAUUGGACAAGGAUUUACAGGGGGCGUGGGAAUUUGUUUUGAAUGAAAUGCAAAGUAGGUGUGGGAUUUUAAAAUGAGUGUUCAUCACAAUGCAGCGGAGAAGUCUGGCUGGUAAAUCAGGUCUCAGCAAUGGGACACUGCAGCAGAGCAACUGACUAAUGAGAAAAGGGGCAUGUUAGUUCCACACAAUCGAAACUGUUAACCUUCCUGCAAGCCCGGGCCUGUCUCAGAACCCAUUUGAACAGCUGGCGAGAGGCAGGAAUUGGCGGCAAAAUCUCCUAUCGAAUAUGAUCUGCCGUAUAGCCAGGUUCGUUCUAUAAACACAGAGAUAUGCUCAGCCGUGCACGCUGUGCCGAGUUGUCUGCUUGAAUAAGUCACACAGCCAAGGCAGGGACUCCAGCUGUGCCUGCAGGACUCUGGGGACUGCUUCCAGCAGCAGAUGGCAUGCAUGAUGAGGUCUUUGCAGGACCUGAAGCAGAUGAGGAGGGUCUGCCCACCCCACACCCCCCUGUCGUCGGUGGUGCUCAAUCGGCAACAGAGGGAGCUGCAGCGGGAGCGACAGGCUCGUCUGCGCGUGUCAGAGGCCAGCGAGGCCAGCACCUAUGACUCUGCCUGCUGCCUAGCCAGUCCGGUGGAGGAGGAAGAGGAGGAGAGCGGGGAUGGAGGCAGCCAGCUGAGGCUGGCCUCACCCAGCAGUGAGAAGAGCCUGGAGUUUGACUCCGGAUACUCAGAGGCAUCGUGGCAGGAUGACCCUGUGGUGCUGCGUCGCACACGCAAUGUACGUGUGUCCUCCUCAGCCUGCCUGCGCACCAACCUGGCCUCCAGCGGACGUGUGCGGCCGAAAUCCACCUCGGAUGCAUGUCUGGAGCACUGGACCUCGUUUGAGGCUCAUGAUCCAGAGGAUUGGACAAAUUCUCUCCUGACCCGCGGUCGGAACAGACAGCCGCUCGUUCUGGGCGACAACAGCUUCGCGGACCUCAUAGAGAACUGGAUGGACUUGCCAGAAAAUCCAGAACCCACGGUACUGAGGCCCAAUCCCGGGAAGAGGAUGGCCAAGGGCUGGCUGGGCCACAUGCGACGGAAGUUAGCAGGAAUGUCAAAGAACGUGGAGAGUUGGGGGAAACUUGGGGACCUUUCACGGGGAGGCAGGACUGCGGACCCCCCAAAGAGACUCUCCUUCCCUGUCGGUCUUCAGCCCCAAGCCCCGUUUUUUCACAAGUCACACACAGGCUUAAACCAGCUGGGCACUGAGUUCUUCCAAUUUGCAGCCCUGAUGAAAACAGGCAGCCGGCAACCAAUCAUCUGUAAUGACAUCAUCGGAUACAUCUGACUGGUGCCCAGUCAACACACUGCUCACAACUGACUGUAGUUUUUCCUAAUAAUGUUAUAUUUACACUAAUAAAAACGUUUUAAAUAAAACUAUCAAUAUUCAA